AUGGCAACCUCCCGCACGAUGGAUGAGUUGGAUUACACGAAAGAGCGGAGAGUCAUUUGGGGACCGCACAAGUUUUUUGAUGGAUCCAUCAUCGUCGAAAUUCUUGACCAUGAGGAUCUAGACGUCGGCCUACUGAUGCGUGCGCGCUUUCCCGCCGGCCAUCCUCUCCUCGAAAUGGGAAAAGACUACCCUCAAGCGCCUCCUCUGCACCUCCAUUUCGACCAGACCGAGAGCUUCAAGGUCCUCCAAGGAGCAUACGGCUUCACCACCGGCUAUGACUUGAAAGACCACGUCAUCACUGCCGACAGUCCUCCCAUCCACGUCAGGCCAAUGAUGCCGCACCGUCCUUGCCCUGUGGCUGGACAAACGGGACGUGGAGAAGACACCGUCGUGUUACUCUGGGUCCAUCCAACGUCCACGGAUCAGCCGCUCGGAAGCACUUUCUUCACGGAACUGUUCCAGGUCACGAGCGAUGCGUACGAGCAGAAUAAGAUGCCGCCGAUCAUGCUGCUUUUGCAUGCACAGCAUCGGACUGCUUCUGCUAAUGUCAUAUUCCCUUCUCUGACGUUCCUGGGUCCGCUGAGGUGGUGGAUUCCAUGGAAAUUGCAGGCGGGUGUGGCUGCGAUCGUGGAUUUGCUGGGUUAUAAGCCGCUGGGAGCUGCCGAGGCGAAGAAGGAGUUGUGA